UACUGACCUCUUGGAUUUGUUGUGAAGUUUGGGUGAGACUGCAAAACUGUUCCUCUGCAGGCAGGUUUUAUAGGCUGAGUAAUCAUUAGCUUAACAAUGUGUUCUACCAGCAUUUUGCAUACGCCUUGACAAUAAAUAACGGCAUGAGUGUAUAAUAGGGAACUAUACAGACACCAUCUGUAGUGCCUUUUUGCAUUUCUCACAUUUAUUAUCUGAUACGGUCAAAAAAAACAACUUCAAAAGUAAAGUUUCUGCAGUCACCGAACCAGUUACGUUAUGUUUGGGAGGGUAAAGGAGCAGAGCAAAUUAAUGGACUGUUUAAAUGGGUCAACUUUUCCACAUCCAGCCCUCCUGUGGUAAAUAGAGCUAAGGAAAUGUACCUGUCAUGGAAAAUGUGGAGAGGCGCUCCUGCCUGUCUGCUGCUUGCAAACUUUCCUUAUCUUCCGGUAGUGUCGGGACUCCUCUAGCGCACAAAGUCAACUGUUUUUGGACACGGGAGGCAAGAAGAAGAAGUUGGAAAAGCAGGGAUAUAGCCGACAAGCAAAGAAUAUCUCGCUGUCGCCCGUAGCGACGCAAGCCGUAUAGCGGUGGUCCAGUCGACUUUUAACAACAGGAGAUCUUCUAGAUGCAACAGCAACUGAGCUGAGCCUGUUAACCUGAACAAAGGGUUCAUGGUUCAAGGCACAAUGCCCCAGGCUGCUGACAUGAUCAACCUGGGCUUCCUGUCUGACUCUGAGCGGGAGCUGAUACUGGAGGUGCUGCAACGGGACAGGGAGCUGAGACAGGCUGAGGAGCAGCGUGUGCGGAGUUUAAAGACAGAGUUGUUGGAUGUGAAGAGGAAAGGGGCCAAACGUGGCAGUGGAAGAUACAGUCAGCGUAGUUGUGGCAGAUGCCAGGAGCCUCUGAGUCGACUGACAGUGUUCUCCAGCCAGUGUAAGAUUUGCAAUCACCAUGUGUGCAACAACUGCCGAACAGUCGUCUCCAAAGGCUCAUGGCUGUGCACCGUGUGUGCCAAAGAGUUGGAUCUAAAGAAAAGGACAGGUGACUGGUUCUACGAUCAAAGGGUCAACCGUUUCUCCACGACGCCUGGACACGACCUAGUGAGAGUCUCCCUGAAAAAGAAACCUCAGACAAAGAAGCGUGAGACAACAGGAGAACUGCUGUUGAGAAGUACUGAAAUUAACCCUGAUCUUCCCACUCCUAUGCCGCGAGUCAGGCAGAAAAAUCUGAUAACUGAUAACAAAGGUCAUUCAAAUGAGAAUUCAGGAUCAAUUGCUUCAAAGUCGGAAGUUUGGUCAAAACCAACACACGGUGACAUAGAGUCUGCAGAAAACAACAGUAUAAGUAGCAGUAAAACAGACGCCGAGUCUGGUCAUGUGACCCCUGAGCAACAAAGGAGAGAGAACCGCUCAGUUCAGUCCAGCCCAGCAGAGUCCACUGUUUCCAGUCUGACCGCUCCAGUCAAAGCAGAUAUCGUUGGCGUUGACGGUGCCAACUCGGAAGUUGUACAAACUGCAGCCGAUGUACAACUGGUCAGUCCGACCCCGGAGAUAGAUGUUGAUAGACUCUUUAAGAAGAGCAUCAAACGAUCGCUAAACCCUCCUGAGUGUGUAUCGACACUGGACCUGCGUGAUGGACGUGACACAUCAAAGGCCUCACUGGUCAACAGGAGCCAUUCUGUACCAGGCCUUGACAUACAGGAUGAUGGAGAGGAAGAUGAAGAUAUUGACAGCUUGGUUAGCUUUCAUAAAAAGACAAUGGCUUCGAGCUCCUACAGCCUGCAUAGCUCAAGGAGCACACUGGGCAGCAUGAUGAGUAUUUACAGUGAGGCAGGAGACUUUAACAGUGUGGAGGUGAGCGGAGACCUCAUCUUCUCUAUGAGCUACGACGAACACACCCAAAACCUCCACGUCUUCAUCAAGGAGUGCCUUGGGCUGGCCUACGGCGAUACCUCACGGCAGCUUUCCCACCCUUACGUCAAAUGUUAUCUGCUUCCUGACAAAUCUCGCCAGAGCAAAAGGAAGACUAGCAUCAAGAGAAACACGGUCAACCCCGUCUACAAAGAAACACUGAAGUACUCUAUCAGCCGCUCUCAGCUGUUCACCCGCUCCAUGUUGAUAUCAGUCUGGCAUCAUGGUCGCUUCAGCCGCAACGCUUUCCUUGGAGAGGUGGAGAUCCCUCUGGACACCCGAGACCUCGACUCCCCGUACGAGGACCGCGUGGCUCUCAUGGCGAAGUCAGCACCUGCUGUGUCAUCUACAGCUUUUGCUCAGUACAAAGGAGAGUUGGUUAUCUCCUUGAAGUAUGUCUCCCCUAAAAAGCCAACAACUGAGAAAACCAAAGGCAAAAAGUCGGUGAUUGAGAGAGGAGAACUGCAGGUCCUAAUAAAAGAGGCAAAGAAUUUGAUGGCAAUGAAACCAGGAGACACCUCAGAUAGCUUCGUUAAAGGGUACUUGUUCCCGACUAAGACCAACACCACAAAGAGGAAGACUCCAGUUGUGAAGAAGAACCUGAACCCCCACUAUGAUCACACAUUUGUGUACAAGGAGCUGGCUUUGGAACAGCUGGAGCAGAUGUGUCUGGAGCUGACUGUGUGGGACAGAGAAGCCAUGCUGAGCAACGAAUUCCUGGGAGGAGUCCGUCUCAGCUCCGGAGAAGGCACUGUAAAAAUAGGAAAAGAGGAAGUGGAAAUGGACUCAGUUGGAGAGGAAGUCAGUCUUUGGAAGAAGAUGAUGCAGUACCCCGACUCGUGGGCAGAGGGCACUCUUCCACUGCGCUCCACUAUGGUGAAGGGCAAAUGAGGACGGCACACAGAGCUCAACCCUCGAAAA